GGCGAGGCGGAGCGCCUGGAGCAGGCGCGCCUGGCGCGGGCGGCUUCCUGGCGCUGCCAGCGGGGGCCGCAGCGGCGCUGCCUGCGCCUCCUGCGGGAGUCGGCCGUGGUCGAGGCGUCGGCCGAGGCAAGGCGAAGGCGAAGGCCAAGGCGAUCGGACGUGGACGUGGCGGUGCUGCAGCUGCUGGAGGUGCGGCUGGGGCGCGACCUGCCGGAGGCGCGGCUGCAGCGGCUGGAGGCGCUGCAGGGGCACCACCUGCUGGAGGCGGCGGAGCGGCAGCGGCUGGAGGCGCUGCUGGAGGCGCUCGCAGGCGCGCUGGGGCUCGGCGAGGCGUCGCUGGAGCGGCCGCCGCGGCAGGAGGCGUUGCAGGAGGUGUGCCCGCUGGCGGAGCUGCAGGCGGACCGCCCGUGGGGCCGGUGGCUGGCGCUGGCAGGCCCUUGGGAGGCUUGGUGCCCGUUGCAGAUGCUGCAGGUGUCCCUGCUGGGCCUGGCCCUGGAGUGGCUGGAGGCGGAGCCCCCUUUGGUGCUGGAUGCGCUGGCUUCGGAGUCGCCGCCAACGGCGCUGCUGGAGCUCCAGUGCCACCACACGCCGCAGCUCUCGGAGUCCCUGGUGGAGCGGCAGCGCCCGGAGGACUUGUACCACCAGGUCCUGGCGGUGGCGCGGCCGCUGUCGUGGGUCACGGCGCUCCCGCGGGCGGCGCCGCCGCUGGAGCAGUGCCAGGCCUGCCACCUGGCGGCGGUCCCGCCAGGAGGAGCAGGCCCUUGGGUGCACGGCCCGUCGUCGCCGAUGGCCUACCAGCGCUUGGGCCUCGCUCCAGGAUGCGUGUUGGAGGGCGUGGCGCUGGACAACUUCGGGAGCGCGGCUGGGACUGCACUCUUUCAGGUGCAGAGUGUGUGGCCUGGCGACGGCAUGGGGUGCUUCGUGGAGGCGGCGUUCAUGGGCUGCAGCAGCGCUUCCUUGUGGCCCAUGUUGGCUGGUAGCUUCACCAGCUUGGGAGGCGCGGUGCUGCACCUGUGCACGCAGCAGGCAGGUGUGUGUGUGUGUGCUGGACUGGUCCAGUGGCCUCAGAGGUCGGUGCUGCACGUGGAGACCUACCGCAUGCGCUCGCCCAGCAGCUUGACGGAGGCCUGGGUUCAGCAGCCUGGCGGUGCAAACUCUGGAGCUGCUGCAGGCGCGCCCGCUGCUGCUCUCCCUGCUGCCGCCCCUUUCGCUCCUGGAAGUCCUGCGGCUCAGCCCGCGCCCGGGGGUCUGCAGAAGAAGAUUGCGGAGCUCAAGAAGCGACUGCAUCAGAAGCGAAGCAUCGGCGAGACAUUGACGGACCGUGCCGAGGUACCUGGUGCAUUACUCCCCAGCGGGAUGGAACAUAUCAAGAAGUAUAUUGCGCGGCGCGGGUGGGCGGACGGUCAAGAGAGCCUGGGCGAGCUAGCAACAUCAGUGGUGCAGUACAUCACCAGCGUCUGGCACGGUCACCACCCUAAGAACGAGAUGGGAGUGAGGAGCGUGCGCGAGAUGAGGACAGUCGGCGAGUGCCUCGACGCCCUGCUUCGAGGAGAACUGGACCAUCUCGGAGACCUCCUCAUGCAGAGGCUGAAGGCGAUCGAGCAAGCCACGCGAGACGGACGCUGGCAGGUGGCGCAGCACCUCGAGCUUUGCGACGACCUGGGAGUGGGGCUCGCGAGGCAGGAGGAGGUGCACGACGCGGUGAGCAAGCACAGGAGGAUGCACGGCCUGGCAGAGAGCGUGGCCAAGGCCAAGAAGGGCAGCGGCAAC